GUAACUAGACACCUCUAUACAUUCUCAUUGAAAAAUGUCUAUUAUCUUCCAGUCAACAAAAAGCCUUCCCAGGUGAUACACUGACACAGCUAGCUACUGAAGCAGAUGUCGGAAGAACGCCGCACCGCAAUUAGCUAAGUUAGUUGGAUCUCUCUUGAAACAUCUUCAGAGUGAGAGACACAGUGUUCGCACGUGCUUUACAUUUCAAGAGACUGCAAGAUAACUUAAUGGCCAUGGAACUCAGUCCACCGAUUCCCCCCACCACCACCACUUUCUUCAGGAACGAGCCCAGACCUCUCAAAGACAGGGUAAACAAACUAUUCAGCCAUAUGUCCCAAUCAAUGUCUUUAAGACCAAUCCAUGGUGAUUUGGUGGAGUCACCGACUACCCCACGUGUGAUUCAAGGGCGGUUGUUCCAUCACACCAUUAGUCUUUUACCUCUACAAAGAAAAGUUGAAAGGAGUGACUACACACAACAGCUUCAUAUGAUAAAUACAAGCAGUCCGCUGUGCACAGCUCUUCUCCGUAGUUGUGAUAGGUCUCCUCAAGAGGUCCCUGAAUUUGGAAUCUUCUCCAGCAUUUCCAGUUUUGCCUCAAAGCCCUCGAGCCCUCUUCUCCCAUCCAUGGCACCCCCUACAGAUUUCAAGGCUGCUCUGAACUCUCUUCCCAAGAUCUCUAGCCCCUACUUCCCAGUCUCAAAGUCCAAAAUUGCACUGCCAAGAAAAUUACGCAUGCGAGAUGAGCUUGGAGACGUUGUGGCGUGGAAAUCUUCACCAAAGAAACGCAAAAUCAAGUUACAUCUAUCAGUUGUUACUGAACCGCCAUUCAAGAAGCCAGAGCUGACAAACGUCUGUCUGGAUAUCUCAAGUUGGAGACUGGGAUCAUUACACAGUGUAAUCAAGAGCACUGUUUCAAUCACUCAUGAGAAAAUUGAGCUGAACCAGAGGGUGUAUGUGCAGUCAUCGGAGUUGACCAGCUGUGAGUUGUGCCUUGAUCAGAAGCUGCCAGUUAUUUUCAUCCAGUCCACCUCUGCUGGUAGUCUACGCCUACGGGUACAGCUGAAUAUGUCUCGGGAGAAAUGGGCAGUGUGGUACGACUGUGGCGCAAGUGCCAGCCCAGCAGAGAAAUACAUUGUGCUGAUGCUUGAGAACUUGCCCUCGGCAGAGCAGCAGAAUGCUCUGGAGAAAAUUCUCUCCGGCAUUGGUAGAGCAAAUCAGCUGAACGAGUUCCCACGCAAAAUCUCUUUGGAUGAAGCCUACAACAGACUAAUGGCACAAGACGAGGGGAGUUCUGUUGCGUCACUCACUGUGGCACAGAGUCCUCCAGCCUCGCCACAGACUCCGCAGCAUAUGCUUAAUGUCUUAGACACAGAUGAGGAGGACUUGCUGGAUGCUGGAGGCAAUGCGCUGACAGUCACUCCCACAGCUAUCGCUGACUCGGUCAAUAGGUUGUUGGUUUUCCCUCCUCCACCAGCUAAAGGAGGCAUAGCAGUUACAAAUGAGGACCUAGGCUGCCUCAAAGAAGGAGAGUUCCUGAAUGAUGUAAUCAUAGACUUUUACCUGAAGUAUUUGUUGUUGGAAAAGCUGAUGAGUGAAGAUGCAGAGAGAACUCACAUAUUCAGCACUUUCUUCUACAAACAUCUCACCCAGGGAAGACAGAGGGGGGGUGGGACAAAUGGAAAACAACCCCUAAAGAAGAGGAGGCACGAUCGAGUGAAGUCAUGGACCAGACAUGUUGACCUCUUUGAAAAAGACUUUCUUUUUGUUCCCAUAAAUAAGUCGGCCCACUGGUUCCUGGCCAUUGUCUGCUUUCCUGGACGCUGUCAACCUGAUGCAGAGAGCCGAUCUCCAGCCAACACCCUGGAGGAUGUCUGCCCACAGGGGCCUGCUCGGUCCGACUGGCUGGAAACCAGCUUCUUCUGGAGGACUGGCCAAGACUUCUCCUACUCCCCCAACCCUUUGUCAUUGUUCUACAAGCCCACCAACACUGCCACUGGGCCAAAUAAGGGGAGCACAGGGCCAGCCGAUGUCUUUUCCUUUGAAGAUGAGGAAGACAUGGACAUUACGAGUGAACUGCUGCAAUACAAGAAAAAUUUACCGAAACCAUGCAACACUGAACAACCCUGCAUUCUCAUCAUGGACUCUCUAGGUUGUGGUCGGUCCAGUGUGGUCAACAUCCUGAAAGAGUACUUGGAAGAGGAGUGGAGAGUAAGAAAGGGAACUCCAUGUAGUUUUGAGGUGAAGGGUUUCAGUCCUUCGGUCCCACAGCAGAACAACUCAAGUGACUGCGGGAUUUACUUGCUACAGUAUGUGGAGAGCUUCUUUGAGAGUCCUCUUCAAGGUUUCGAAGCGCCCAUGGACCUGAAUGACUGGUUUCCACAGACUCGUGUGGCAAAGAAGCGAAAAGAAAUUAGAAAGCUGAUUCUGAAAAUUCAAAACCAGCAACAAAUGGCAGGAAAAGCUGAAGAUGGGUCACCAUAGCUAGAUGGGUCUGCUGCUCUUUCACUCUCAUGCAAAUACACAUAUGGACAUACACACUGACUGCUUUGAAGGCUGCAUACACACAAUAAGAUGGUUUCUGUUAAACAUUUUUUAAAAAACAGUUUUUUUGUUUGUGUAUCGUACAGAUGAGUCGAUUUUGUUCCUCUCCUCCUUGUAAUUCGUAAAUACAGCACGGUUCUAAAUUGAUUUGCAUAAAAUAUAAUUUUGUCCCAUUGGAUUGUAUGAUUAAAUAAUAAAUCUUA